AUGCCCAGCGUUAGCGCAGCGGGAGGACCUCUCGUCCUCGUCACCGGCGCCAACGGGUACAUCGGCACCUGGCUGAUCCAAGGGCUGCUCGAAAAGGGAUAUACAGUCCGAGGCACCGUCCGCUCGGAGGAGAAGGGUAAACCUCUGACCGAGUAUUUCGACUCGACGCCGUACGGGAGUAACCUCGAAUUGCCUGGAGCGUUUGACGAGGCUGUGAAAGGUGUGGAUGCUAUUGAGCAUGUUGCCUCCCCGACAGUUUUUCUUCGUCGACCAGACGAUCCUCCCGAUGCGCUCAUCGUCCCAGCCGUAGAGGGUACCCUAGGCAUCCUACGCAGUGCGCAAAAAUUCGGGUCCAAAGUCAAACGCAUCGUAUUGACAUCCUCAAUCGUCGCGUUACUCCCGAUAUUCACCGCCGCGGACGCCGAGUCGGGCGUCACCGUCCCGUUAGACGAGAGCGGGUGGGCGGACGCGUAUGUGGACGACGUCAGAAAGCGCGGAAACGCCGCGGGCCUGUUGGCGAAAUACUGCGCGUCGAAGGCGCUGGCGGAGAAAGCGGCUUGGGAGUUUUAUGAGAAAUGUAAGAGUGAAGUUCCUUGGGACCUCGUAGCGCUUAAUCCUGCUACUUCGCCGUUACUCGAUUUCCAAGAUGGUCUGACAUCCUCUCUACAAUACUGGCUCCACCACGCAUGCAAAGCGCAGCCGGACGACGUGCUGUGCGAUACGAUGGGGUUCGUGGACGUCCAUGACGUCGUCGCGGCGCAUGUGGCCGCUCUCGAGAAGGAGGAGGCGGGUGGAGAGAGGAUUAUAUUGUGUAAACGUACUAUGACUUGGCAACAACACCGAAACGAGAUGUACACCAUCCGCCCGGACCUCUACGACGGUGCAUCGGGCGUGCUGCCCAGCGGAAACCCAGGGAUAACACCUGGCGCGCUACAAUACACGUACAACACGACGAAAGCGGCGCGGAUCCUUGGGAUUGUGUAUACGGACUCGGGUGAUACGCUGGGUAAUACGAUGGAGUAUUUUGAGACGCGGGGGUUUUUCGGUGGGGGUGCGGGUGGGAAUGUGAAUGUGAAUGGGAAUGGGGAAGUUGGCGGUGUGAUGUAG